ACCACUACAGUCGACGAGCUAGCUGAUAUCGUUCAGAGCCUCAACAUCGGCACCAAUGUCCGACAAAAGGACACGCGAGAGAGCGAAGCUACUGCGCAGGCAGGUGACGCUGUUGUGCCCGACAGCCACGAGUCGGAACCAGAGGAAUCCCAGGAAUUGGUUGUAGAUGAAGCCGUACCCGAUGUGGACAAUGUCAGGGUCUAUGAGCCAAGACUGGGCCGUCGCACGAAGACGAUUUUCGGCAAGAGCAUGUCGUCAUUGGACCACAUAGUCGACAUGGUCAGCCAGGGCAAGGUGAAGAAGAUUGUGGUCAUGGCUGGUGCAGGAAUUUCAACUGCCGCAGGAAUCCCAGACUUCCGGUCGCCUGGAACCGGUCUGUAUGCAAACCUGGCCAAAUUUGAUCUGCCAUACCCCGAGGCAAUUUUCACUAUGGACUACUUUGAAGAGAACCCGAAGCCGUUCUUUGUGCUGGCCAAGGAGCUGUAUCCGGACCUAUACAUACCGACGCUGAGUCACUUCUUUGUCAAGCUUCUGGAGUCGAAGGGCGUCCUGCUACGGCAUUACACGCAGAAUAUAGACUGCCUAGAUUCGAUAGCCGGUGUUAGCGACGAUCUGGUUGUGGAAGCGCACGGGUCGUUUAAGACUGCGCACUGCAUCAACGAGGACUGCCGCGAGGAGCACUCGAAGGAGUGGGUCCGUGAUCUGGUAUUCCGUGAUGAGAUCCCACACUGCAGACAAUGCGGCAGCCUGGUCAAGCCUGACAUCACCUUCUUUGGUGAGGGCCUGCCCAAGCGCUUCUUUGACCUGAUGCACGACGACCUGGACCAGUGCGAUCUACUCAUGGUCAUGGGCACCUCUCUGGCCGUCCACCCGUUCGCAGGGCUUGUCAAUCUCGUCAGCAAGAGCGUGCCACGCCUGCUCAUUAACCGCGAGCGGGUUGGCGAAUCGAAAGCACGCGGCGUCGGGCUUGAUUUCGACGGUAGAUUUGCCAGCGCUGUGCACCGUGAUGCCCUGAUGCUUGGCGACUGCGACGCGGCGUGUGUUUUGCUCGCCGAUCGCCUGGGCUGGAAGCCCGAGCUAUUAGCUCUUCGCCGCGAGUUUCUUGCUGCUCGACAGACGACAGCCUAG